AUGGCAUUGGCAGCCGUCGAAGCAGCAAGAAAGCUUCGACCAUACUUUCAGUCACAUUCAGUGGAAGUAUUAACUGAUCAGCCCCUCCGAAUGAUACUCCAAAAUACCAACCGGUCCGGCAGACUAACGAAGUGGGCCAUCGAACUCGGUGAGCUUGAUAUCACCUACAAGAACCGCACCGCGGAAAAAUCUCAAGUUCUUGCGGACUUCCUAGUCGAAUUGGCCCCUAAAAUUGGAGCAAGACCUCGCACUCCCAAACCCAAACUGGACGCUACACAGUACGAAUCUUUGAUCGCUGGACUCCGCUUAGCGAAAGCUGUAAAGGCUAAACGCCUAAGUGCCUACUGCGACUCAGAUUUAAUCGCCAGUCAGUUUAGCGGCGACUACGAUUCCCGUAACGACCGGAUGGACGCCUACCUCAAGAUAGUGCAAAGCUUAGCCACAGAGUUCGAAUUCUUCGAACUCGUCAAAGUUCCUAGAGGUGAAAAUGUCUGCGCCGAAACCCUCGCAGCCCUCGGCAGCAAGCUUCGGGAUCAAGUUAAACGAACCAUCCCAAUACACCGCAUCGCGAAACUGAGCAUCGAUAUCUCAACCGACCAAACCGUCAUCAUAGCCCCAGUCACUGAAUUCGACACACCAGAUACCGAUGGAUUCGGUCCUGACUGGAGAACUGAGUUCAUCGACUACCUCUCAAAGGGAGAACUUCCAACUGAGAAAUGGGCAGCCCGCCGACUAAAAACACGCAGUGCCCAUUAUGUCGUCCUCGACGACGAACUACAUCGAUGGACUGUGAGUAAAGUACUCCUCAAAUGCAUUCAUGGCGACGAGACAGCAAGGGUUAUGGUAGAGACGCACGAAGGCGCUGGAGGAAACCAUUCGGGCGGACGAGCACUAGCAAUCAAAGUAAGAAGGUUAGGCUUCUUCUGGCCGACGAUGAACGCAGAUUGCGAGUCCUACGCAAGAAGCUGUGACAAGUGCCAACGGCACGCACCAAGCAUCCAUUGUCCGACUGAAAUCUUACAAACAACGACCGCGCCAUACCCGUUUAUGCGAUGGGCAAUGGACAUCAUAGGACCCCUUCCCUGCUCCCGCCAGCGACGUUUUAUUCUCGUCCUCACCGACUACUUCACCAAAUGGAUCGAAGCUGAAGCCUACGCCCAAGUCACAGACAAAGAAGUCCGCGGCAACUUCAAGGAGUUCUGUAGCAAAUGGAACAUUCGACUAAGCCCUUCCACCCCUCGCUACCCGCAAGGAAAUGGCCAAGCAGAGUCCUCCAACAAACUCAACAUCGACGACAUUAAGAAACGUUUAGACCUGAAAAAUGGUCAUUGGGCCGACGAACUCGACGGAGUCCUAUGGAGCCAUCGCACAACACCAAGGGGAUCGACUAAAUCGACACCUUUCUCUCUUGCCUACGGUGUAGAGGCCAUCGCUCCCGCUGAAGUUAACGUUUCAAGCCUCCGAUGUUCAAAGAUUCCUCAGUACGUCGAACUCAACAGGGAGAUGCUACUCGAUGCCCUCGAUGAGAUUGAAGAUCGACGGGAUCAAGCUUUGCUACGAAUCCAAAACUAUCAACAUCAGAUAGAGAGUUACUACAACAAAAAGGUCCGCGCCCGCCCCCUCGAACUCGGUGACCUUGUCAUGCGCAAAGUGUUUGAAAACACUAAGGAGCUGAACGCCGGUAAACUCGGCGCUAGGUGGGAAGGACCUUAUAAAAUCAUCAAAGUUGUUAAACCAGGCGUCUACCGACUUCAAACGUCACGCAGCGAAGAAGUGCCUCGAGCAUGGAACUCGAUGCAUCUACAACGUUUCUACUGGUAG